GCGCCCGGAAGACCCGGCUCCGGGACGCAGACCCCGCCCGGGCUGGCUCGGCGCCGGGCUCCGGGCUUCCACUCAGUCUUUGACCCUCGGUCCCCGCCCGCUCCCCCCUCGCAGGCCGCACCACUGUAACCGCUGCCCCGGCCGCCGCCGCUCCUUCUCGGGCCAGCCGGCGGAGAGCGCAGCGCGGCGGGGCCGGCGGCAUGGCUGUGUCUUGGAGGAACUGGCUGGCCAACGAAGGGGUUAAACACCUCUGCCUGUUUAUCUGGCUCUCCUUGAAUGUCUUGCUUUUCUGGAAAACCUUCCUGCUGUAUAACCAAGGGCCAGAGUAUCACUACCUCCACCAGAUGUUAGGGCUAGGAUUGUGUCUAAGCAGAGCCUCCGCAUCUGUUCUUAACCUCAACUGCAGCCUUAUCCUUUUACCUGUGUGUCGGACACUCCUGGCUUACCUUCGAGGAUCCCAGAAGGUUCCAAGCAGGAGAACCAGAAGAUUGUUGGAUAAAAGCCGAACAUUCCAUAUAACCUGUGGUGUGACUAUCUGUAUUUUUUCAGGUGUGCACGUGGCUGCCCAUCUGGUAAACGCCCUCAACUUCUCAGUGAACUUCAGCGAGGAUUUUGCUGAACUGAACGCAGCAAGAUACCGAGAUGAGGAUCCUAGAAAACUUCUCUUCACAACUGUUCCUGGGCUGACAGGGGUCGGCAUGGUGUUGGUGCUCUUCCUAAUGAUUACAGCUUCUACAUACGCAAUACGAGUUUCCAACUAUGACAUCUUCUGGUAUACUCAUAAUCUCUUCUUUGUCUUCUACAUGCUGCUGAUGUUACAUGUUUCAGGAGGGCUGCUGAAGUAUCAAGCUAAUUUAGAUACCCACCCUCCUGGCUGCAUCAACCCUAAUGGAACCCGGUACCAGAAUGUUCACUUACCAGACCACAGCUUGGAACAUUUUCAUGAAUCUUUCCCUGGAGGACUUUCAAAACCAGAUGAACUUACCAAAAACAGAUCUGUGAAAAUUUGUAUGGAAGAACCCAGAUUUCAAGCUAAUUUUCCGCAGACUUGGCUUUGGAUUUCUGGACCCCUGUGCCUAUAUUGUGCUGAAAGACUUUACAGGUGUAUCAGGAGCAAUAAACCAGUUACCAUCAUCUCGGUCAUAAGUCAUCCCUCAGAUGUCAUGGAAAUCCGAAUGAUCAAAGAAAACUUUAAAGCAAGACCUGGCCAGUAUAUUAUUCUACAUUGUCCCAGUGUGUCUGCAUUAGAAAACCAUCCAUUUACCCUCACAAUGUGUCCUACUGAAACCAAAGCAACAUUUGGGGUCCACCUUAAAAUAGUAGGAGACUGGACAGAACGGUUUCGAGAUUUACUACUUCCACCAUCUAAUCAAGACUCUGAGAUUCUGCCCUUCAUUCAAUCUAGAAAGUAUCCCAAGCUAUACAUUGAUGGUCCAUUUGGAAGUCCAUUUGAGGAAUCAUUGAACUACGAGGUUAGCCUCUGUGUGGCUGGAGGCAUUGGAGUAACUCCAUUUGCAUCAAUACUCAACACCCUGCUGGAUGACUGGAAACCAUACAAGCUUAGAAGACUGUAUUUUAUUUGGGUGUGCAGAGACAUCCAGUCCUUCCGUUGGUUUGCAGACUUACUCUGUGUGUUACAUAACAAGUUUUGGCAAGAGAACAGACCUGACUAUGUCAACAUCCAGUUGUACCUCAGUCAAACAGAUGGGAUACAGAAAAUAAUUGGAGAAAAAUAUCAAGCACUGAAUUCAAGACUUUUUAUUGGACGUCCUCGGUGGAAACUUCUGUUUGAUGAAAUAGCAAAAUGUAACAGAGGGAAAACGGUUGGUGUUUUCUGCUGCGGACCCAGUUCAAUUUCUAAGACUCUUCAUAAACUGAGUAACCAAAACAACCCAUAUGGGACAAGAUUUGAAUACAAUAAAGAAUCUUUCAGCUGAAAGCCUUUGAGAGGAGCCGGGACUCUGAACAAGGAAUGAGUGCAAUUUCCAAGACUUCGAAGCUCAGCUGAAUCAAGUAGCUGUACCAUGCCAAAGAGUAGCAAGGUUUUCUUAUUUAUAAUUAUUUAAAAUGGAAAAGCAGAGGAUGUGGCAAGAUGACAGGUCACAUUACAUGUUUAAUCGGGAAACCAAAGAGGCCCUGAAGAAUAGUUGCUAUGAUGAUUCACUUUCCAGUGCUCAAAUGAAAAGAAAACUAUUAGAUGCACACUGUUGAUUUUUAUGGCAGAUUCAAGAACUCCCUAGGGAGGCACCGCACUUGCUCACUGUGAGGCUGAUAGCCUUGGUCCUCUUUAAAUUGUUUUUGGUUGAACACAUGCAAGAUUGAAUGAAAUUAAAAAUGCAUUGAAACUCAGAUUACAUUUUCUACAUGAGUAUCAACAGAGUAGCUUUGAUUGAGGAAAGCUCCAGGCAAAUAUAGUAGAUGUUUGAAGAUACAGCACAGGACUCUGUAUUAAUACGGGUACUUUGUGUCUCCUCUUCCUCACUACUGAUGCUAAUACCUCUAUUUGAUGUCUGUGGCCUUCAUGUCGAAUGAACUUUGGUAGAUGUUGCUAAUUUUAUAUUUUUUCUUUCUUCUUUUUUCCUCUGUCUACGGAAAUCUGCCCUCCUUUGCAUACAUUAGACACGAUGAUUUAAUAGGUCUUUUUCAUCUGCAAUUUAUUUAAUCUAUUACUGUUGCAUAGUAAUGAGGAAAAUAUCACUACUGUAAAACAUAAUGGAAUAUAUAGACUAAUAACUUUUUCCCUUGUCCAGCAUUUUGGCCUCUGUUAUUCUUAUUUACUUUCUUCCCCAACGUAGAUUGUCUUAUUUUUCACCUCUGAAGGUACUUUGUUUAAUUUGCACUUUGAGACUGAAGAGCACUGUGUCUCUCAGUCAUCACUGAGAUAUACAAUAUCUCUCUUUUGCCACAUGUUGGUUUAUACUGGAGACAUGGAAAGUGCAGUGACAUUCCUGAACACCAACAACCAAACCCUGUACUUUACUUUCUACACAAGAGGAAAUACUUCAUUAAUUAUUUGAAUUUAAGCUCAGAAUCAGGAAUAUUAUUUGUUGUGCUAUCUGGUAUUCAGGGUCUUGAAGGGGAAAUUAUCAAGUUUAAAGUCACUGUUAGGACAAUACCGCAUGAUCCUAUCACUUUAUGCUCACUGACCAUUAUAUUCUGGGCUCAGAGGAAAACAUUUCCCUACUUAAGAAUUUAGUCAUUUUUGCAGGUUAGUGAUUUUGUUUUGUAGACGUCUAUCAAUCGCUAUCAAGUAGAGCACAUUGCUGAAAUAAGUAAAAUGACUUAUCUUGCCUUUGUAAAAUUGUGCCUGGUUUCACAGAACAUGACAGAUAUUACCAUCAUAUUUUUGCUCUGAUUCACCAAUAGCAAUCAAGCAUGGUAAACCACCUAGCAUUGAAUGCCCCUGAACGUAUUACUUAUAGAUAUUUCUUCUUUUCCUUGGAAUUCUUUCUUCUUCCUUCUGUGGAGGGAAGACAAGUCAGAAAAAGAUAUGGGAAAUGUGCAAUGUUCCUACAGAUUUAGCUCUGAAGGCAUAUUUGAUAACCAGUACAUCUUGGCAACACUUUCUAAAUUAAAAAGAAUUUUCAUAAAAACACAGAAAGGAAUUUGAAUUAGUAGGAGGCUUGAUAUGCAAUACUGACUCUUUUCUGAUCAUAGUUUAUUGAUGUGAUUAUAGUAAUAUGCCUAAUUUCAGGAAAAGAAGUUUUUUUUUUUUUUUUUUUUUUUUUCAGAAAAGGAGACCUCUUUCCAGGUAGGUCUGCUAUUCUGGAUGAACAGCUUUGUCUCUUUGAAAUUCUAGUCGAUGUUCAAACAUGGAGUGUUAAAUUAAAGUCGUCUCUGCUUCUGUAGGUAAUAAUAAAUUAGAUUUUUAUCGUGCAUGUAGAAGAGAGAGAGUUUUGUUUUGUUGUUUUGAGGGAUUUUUUGUUCCCCCUCUGGGCCUAUGUCUUGUCCGACAGGUCUUAAAAUGGUCAUGUCAGUGGCAGUAGAUGUUAAAAUUAAAAUGGUAUCAUGAGAACUCUAUAAAGUACGUUUACUUUUGCAAUAAAUAAAGCAGGCAGUGUUUUUUUCACAAGAGGAUGCAAGUUGAAGAAAAAAAUCUAUUUGCAUCUGGACUAGCAUCAGAGCCUUAAGAGUUUGGUUCUGCAGCUGUAGAUGUCACUGGCCUGUGGUAUAACUGGCAAGUCGCUCCCACUCUGGGGUUAGGAUUUCUCAUUUGGACUAGAUUAAUAGAUAUUGAUCUUUUCUGGGUAAUGUAUCUUUUUGAGAACCUGAUUAAAAGCGAAUAUAAUGACAUUAAUACAAAAUAUUACAUACAGUUUUGGGGAGUCCACAGUCUUCCAAACUAAGGACUCCAAUUUAAGAAACUGAACAGAAUAAUCCAUCACUAUAGCUCUUUCUACCUAUACAUUUUUUGUGAUUUUUUUUUCACUAUCCAUUUUUAUAAGAUUUUUAGUAGGAAAUUACCUCUGUGGACAAAGGAAAGGAAAUUCUCUUUAUAUGCCCUCAAACAGAGAAUCCAACAGAAUGUUCGCCCAGUUUUUAAUUUUAGAUCUCCUGCUUUAUGCAAAGGAAGGGUGUGAUUUUACAUACCCAUAAUAAUAAAAGACACAUUCAUAUACAUACAUACAUACAUACUGCACGUGUAUUCAUGGCUUACUUUUUUUUUUCUUUUUCUUUUUUUAAGUCAGGUUAAAAAUGGAACAAUAGGGGUUUUUUGUUUGUUUUUUGGAUUUUUUUCAUGUAGCAACUUAAAAUGCCAGCUGGAUGAUUGUGAUAACAGAAGCACUUACAUUAAAAAAUAAAAGCAAUAUAGACAAAG